AAGGCAAGGGGAUCUUAUUUCUCCGUAUUUGUUUUUGAUUUGUGUAGAGGGUCUAUCGUCUCUUCUGAAAAAUGCCAAGCAAAUAGGCAGACUGCAUGGUGUAAAAUUGCCAGCUCCUCCAGUCUCACACCUUUUCGUUGCAGAUGACAGUCUAUUGUUUGGCAGAGCUACUCCUGAUGAGGCGGAUGCAAUUAGGAGCUUGCUAACUACAUAUGAAAGGGCUUCUGGCCAACAAAUAAACAUGGAAAAAUCUGAGUUGACUACUAGCAAAUGUGUCUACAGCCAUCUUCGCAGUGAACUUCGAGGAAGAAUUGGUGAUCGACAGGUGGAUCAAUCGUCAAAAUACUUGGGUUUACCUUCUGUGCUCUGGAAAUCAAAGAGAAUUGUUUUUCGUUAUGUUAAAGAUCGAGUUUGGAAUAAAGUGAAGAGCUAGGCCAAUAAUUCUUUAUAUGUUGCAGGUAGGGAAGUUAUGCUCAAAUCUGUCCUGCAGGCGGUCCCUACAUAUGUCAAGAGUUGCUUCUUGCUUCUAGAUCAUUAUGUCAAGAAUUAGAACAGUUGGUUGCCUGUUACUGAUGGGGUCAACAAAAUGAGCAUCGAAAAAUUCACUGGCUUAACUGGGAUAAACUAUCAAAGGCCAAAAGCAAUGGAAGUUUGGGUUUUCGCUCUUUCCAUGACUUUAAUCUCGCAUUAUUUGUUUAAGCAGGUUUAUAUUGGUGUGUGGAUGAUGGUUGCUUAAUUAAUAUUUGGGGCGAUACAUGGCUUCCAGACCAGGCAGGAGGGAAAGUAUGGUCGCCGGUGCAAACUAUCCGGCCAACAGAUACUGUUUCCAAUUUAAUCACAGAUGGUUGUGGGACGAGCAGUUAAUCAGAGCCAUGUUCUUACCCUUUGAGGCGGAUCAAAUUUUGCAAAUUCCUUUGAGUAUCUAUAGGCCAGCUGAUUGAGUAUACUGGAAAGGAACGAAAAAAGGAUUGUUCACUAUUCGUAGUGCCUAUCACUGGUUGCAUGAACAGCGCAAAUCUGAUAUUCAGAGUCCAUCAUCAUCAUCUAGGCCCUGGAAGAAAUUAUGGGCUCUUAAAAUUCCGCCUUGGAUUUGGGCUUUUUUCUGGCGGCUGCUAUAAGAUAUUUUGCCCACGAAAGUUAACCACCACUAUGGAUGUUGAUGUGUUUUGUUUUGUGUGUGGCUUUGAUCCUGAAUCUGCUGAUCAUCUAUUUGCAAGCUAUCCACCAGUGUCACGCCUUUGGUAUGUUAGCCCUCUGCGUAUUCAUUUGGCUAACUUAGGCCUCAGUUCAGGUACUCAACUUUUUCACUAUGUGCUUGCCAAUUUCGACUCAGAUGCUAUGGAGCUUUUUGUUAUUUUGGCUUGGGGUAUAUGGAAAGCUCGCUAUCAGCUCAUUUUCUUGAACCUGCACUUUAAUGCCUUACGAAUCAUUACCUCAUGUAUCAGUUUGAGAAAUGAAUAUCUUGAUGUAGCAUGUACUUCUCAUUCAGAUCAUCAGGAGGUUAAUACCACUACAAACUGGUCUUUCCCUUCUCCCCAGUGCUACAAUCUGAAUACUGAUGCCAGUGUAUCUUCGUUGGGAGUGGUUGGUCUACGUGCAGUAAUUCGAAAUGACAAGGGAGAGGUCAUGGUGGCAAGUGUGAAAUCUAUUUUUGCUAAUUGGGAUCCAACACUGGCAGAAAUUCACGCUAUUAAGUUUGGGCUUGAUCUGGCUAUACAAACUGGUUUCAGUAAUUUACAAGUAGAAAGUGAUGCUCUUGGCACUGUCGAUGCUCUUCGUGGUAGUCAGCUGAUCUCCCCACUUCAUUCUCUUCAUGUUGGGGACGUGCUCUAUGUUGCCUAUAGUUUUGUAAAUUUGAUUCGCAUAAAUAUGUGAUUUUUCGUUUAAUAUGAAAUAAAAUAAUUUGAUAAUA